AUGUUGUCAAAUAUUAAUUUAAAUUUUAUUACUGCAAUUUAUAUAUUAUCUUAUAUAUCAUUUAUAAAUGGUGAAUCAAUACCAAAUCAACAUUUAAAACCUUUACAACCUUAUUAUAAAUUUAUUGAUAAAUUAAAAAGAGCUGAUGAUAAUUCAAAUAAUAAUAAUAAUAAUGGUAAUGGUAAUGGUAAUGGUAAUGGUAGAGUAGCGAAUUUUUUACAAAAUUUAUUUGGUAAUUCUACUACUUCAGAACCAACAACAACAAAUGCCAUAACUUCAUCACCUUUAUAUGAAUCAUCAAGUUUAUCAAAUAGUGAAGAAUCAUCUACUAGACAGUUAUCAAAUGAUAAUAAUAAUAAUAAUAAUAAUAAUAAUAAUAGAGUACAAAAUUCAGAUAUCAAUGGAUCUACUUCAAAUGAUAGAAUUUUUACUUCGUCAACAUCAUCAGAUAUUCCAUCUGUAACUAUACCAGGAUCAUCAUCAUCAGCUAGCAAUAAUUAUAAUUUUUUUAAUAAUGUACCAAGUACAACUACUCAAAGUACUUCUGAACAAGAUACAACUACAAGUAAUAAUUCACCUACACCAGUAAAAAGUUCUUCAGAAGAUUCUACACCAAAUACUACUUCAUCAGAAGCUUCUGCACCAAAUACUACUUCAAAAGAAGCUUCUACACCAACUACUACUUCAUCAAAAGAUUCUACACCAACUACUACUUUAUUAAGUAAUUCUCAGUAUAGAGCUCAACAAGAACCACAACAACAACAAUCAUCAUCUUCACCGGUAUCAUUUUCAACUAGUGAAGAUUCUACAACUAGUGCAACUACUUCACAACAGCAACUGCAGCAACCUACUACCUCAUCAAAAAACUCACCAUCAACAACAACACCAGUAGAAGAUACAUCAUCAGCAAAUCCACCAUCAACAACAACACCAGUUGAAGAAACAUCAUCAACAAUUUCUACUUCCACAAAUUCACCAAAUUCUUCACAAGAACAAUCAACUACAGCCACAACUCCAACUACCAGUGCAAUCCCAACAACUAGUUCAUCAACACCUGCAGAUUCAAAUGCUCCAAGUGUAGCAAACACAGUAGCAUUAUCAAAUGAAGAACCUAGUACAAAUUCUCAAACUACUAGUAUUACUUCACAAACUACUACAUCUUCAUCAUCUACAACAUCAACUGAUGAAUCUGUCGAUUCUACUACAAAUACUACACCAACAACAACUUCAUCAACUACAAGCUCAUCAAAUGAAGAUAACACUACUUCAAGUAGUUCUUCAGCAGUAAUUGAAAAUACUCCAUCAGCCGCAUCUCCAACAACAUCAAACACAUCUUUACCAACUACUUCAUCCUCAUCAUUAACUUCAUCGAAUGAUGUCAAUAGUGCAAAUGUUGUUGGCAGUGCCGAUUCAAGUAGUUCUCCAACAACCUUCACCACAUCAACCGAUGGUCAAUCAACUACUCAAUCUUCAUCAUCAUCAACUUCAGAAAGUUCCACUUCCUUAGUUGAACCAACAACUUCAUCAUUAGAUUAUUCAACAACUUCAAGUUCAUCACAAUCAACAUUACCAAAUACUAGUUCCAGUACUGAUGAAGUGGUUUCUUCAAAUACUCCAGCAAGUUCAAAUGUUGAAACUUCAUCAUCAAGUAGUACAUUAGUUGGUGCUUCACAAUCUGCUGUUGCUCAAUCUGCUGUCGCUCAAUCAAGUUUAUCAUCAGAUUCAAGUAUAGUUGAUACAACAACUAAUUCACCAGUUACUUCUUCGAGUCAAGCUACUACAAGCUCACCAACAACUACAGAUACAGCUCAAUCAAGUUUACAAUCAACUUCAUCUUCAAAUAAUGAUGUUUCAGGUGUUACUACUAGUAGUGGUACUCAAUCAGUAGUAACUUCUUCACCAAGUGAUCAAACAACUGUAGAAUCGGCAUCAGAUGUUUUAAUAAAUCCAUCAUUAUCAUCAUUUGCAUCAAAUUUUGUGUCUGGUGGAACUACAACUUCAACUCCAAUUGUUAGUGCUUCAUCAGGAUCAUCAAUAAUUUCCAAUGCACAAGUUUCAGGAGUCAAUACCGCUAGUUCAAUAACUACUUCAGAUAGUUUUUCAGAUGAAGAAAGUACUACAUUACAUAAUCCAUCAGAGACUUCACUUUUAACAUCUUCCUCAACAGGUUCAUCAUCAACCUCAAUAAUUUCAGAGGUUAUUAGUUCAUCUACCAAUACACCAGCUGGUGUAAUUUCAUCAUCACCAUUUUCAUCAGGAGAAGUUACGAGUACAUUUAUAAGUUCAGGUGAAUUACAAUCACAAACCCUUUCUUUAGAAAGUGGUAAUGUUAUAUCAUCACCAACAUCUUCAUCAAUUAGUACAGAAACUCCAGUUGAAUCAUCUUUUAUACCAGGUGUUAUACCAUCAUCUACUCCAGGUAUUGUUGAAUCCUUUACUCCAGGUAUUGAACCAUCAUCUACUUCAACAUUAUCAACUCCAGCUUCUGCAUUAACUCAAGAAUUAGGUUCUGAAACUGGAAUUUCAACAGCUUUAACCUCAGCUUCAGAAUUACCAAUUGCAGAAUCAGGUAGUACACAAUCAUUACCAUCAACUGCAAGUUUAGAAUCUCCAAGUACGUCAUCUUUAGUUACAGAACAACCAAUAAGUAGUGGUUCGGAAAUUCCUUCAGUAAUUACAUCAGCUUCAUUAAGUUCAGAAAGUGGCAUAGAAGGAUUGACAAGUGAAUUAACUACAUCUACUGGAGAAGCAUCAAUUAGUGAGGCAACUGGACAAGCUAGUACUGAAUUAACUUCACCAGCAAUUAUAUCUGAGGGAUCAUCUACUGUUACCGGUUCACAAGUAUCUGGUGCUGAAACUGAAGGAUCAUCUACUGGUACUGAGUCACAAAUAUCAGCCAUUGAAACUGAGGGAUCAUCAACUACAGGUGUAAUACCAGGUCAAUCAACUACUGAAGGAUCAAUUACUAGUGAAACUCCAUUAACUUCCCAAACCACCGAUUUGACUGAAGCCUCUGGUGUUACAAGUGAAGGAUCGUUGACUUCUGAAGUCACUGGUAUUGCAAGUGAAGGUUCAUCGAUAACUUCUGGAGUUUCUACUACAGCCAAUGAAACCCCAGCUGAAUCUGAAUCUGGUAUUUUUGAAACUGAAUCAUCACAAGCUACUGGAAUUGUUGGAUCAUCAAUAUCGCAAACUCAAACUGGUGCUUCACCAAUCACCACAAACACAGUUGAAUCAUCAUCAUCUACUGUUGUAGAAGGUCCAAUCAUCACCACUUCAACACCAGGAUCAAGUAUUACCAGUGCAGCACCAAUUGAAAUUGAUUCAUCAUCAACUGUACCAGGACAAGCAGCUACCAAAACCUCAUCAACAAAAAAUUGGUUACCAUCAUCAUUAAUAAUAGCAGAAACUCCAAGCUCAAAUCCAGAACAAACCUCAGAAACUGAUAUUGCUCAAGCUACUUCAACACCAUCAUCAACUCAAGGAUUACCAAGAGCUAUUACACCGGCAGAUACUAGUGACCCAGGUGCUGAAUAUUCUGUUAUAACUAUUGGGUUUAAAGCAGCUUUAAAUUAUCCAUUUGUUGUUAAUCAUACUAUAUCAUCAGCUCAAAUUUUCCAAUUUUUACCAUCAGUUGUUUCAUAUCCAUUUGGUAAUGAUAAAGAUUUAAAUCAAGUAUCAGUAAAACAAUUGAUUCCAUACCAAGCAUCAAAUAUUGAUUAUACAAUAACAGUUGCAGAAGUUUAUUUCCCAUCAGAUAGUAUAGCACAAUUAAGUCAAUUAAUUACUACUUCUGGUUCACAAAUUUAUAGAAACCCUGAAAAUACUUUAAAUACUUUAGCUUCAUUAAUAGAUUCUAGAAUUCCAUUAACUGGAUUGUCAGAUUCAAGUCAACAAGUUAGUGGAUCAUCAACCAAUCAAUCAAACUCACCAAAUUCAAAUGGUUCAAUGGAUGCAAAUUAUAAUAGUCCAACAGUUACAAAUAAAGGUAGAGUAGCAGGUCUAACUAUUGGAGCAGCUGCUGGUUGUGCAAUUUAUAUGUCUUUGAUGAUUUUAUUAUUUAGAAAAUUUAGAUCUAAAAAUUCAUUGGAAUUACCAUCAACUGAUUCUGAAUCUAAUUUUGGUAUGAGUUCUGAUGAAGAAGGUAGUAUGAUGACUGAUGAAAUUUCAAAUAAUUCUUCUGGGUUUUCAGAUAUUUUUGAUCGAAUAAAUAAUAAUCAACAACUAAAUCAACCUGUUAAUAAUAAUCAUACUCAAUUUGUUGAUAUGGGAAAUACUGGAUCAACAGAGAAUAGAGCAUUCUACUGGCCAUAA